AUGGCGAGAAUUUUCAACACUAUAGGAAAGAUUGGCCUCGCUUUGGCAGUCACAGGAGGUGUGGUUCAGUCAGCAUUGUAUAAUGUUGAUGGCGGACAACGGGCUGUCAUUUUUGACAGACUGCGAGGAGUACAGGAUGAAGUUGUUGGCGAGGGUACUCAUUUCCUGAUACCCUGGAUUCAGCGACCAAUCAUCUUUGAUAUUCGAUCCAAACCAAGAAAUAUACCAGUCAUUACAGGCAGCAAAGAUUUGCAGAACGUCAACAUCACCUUGAGAAUCUUGUUCAGACCACAAGUGCCAGCUCUACCGAAGAUCUACACCAACUUGGGCAUUGACUAUGAUGAAAGAGUUCUCCCGUCUAUUACUACUGAAGUCCUCAAGGCAGUGGUGGCACAGUUUGACGCCAGUGACCUCAUUACACAAAGAGAGCUCGUCUCCACUAAAGUCAGCGAAGAGCUUUCGGAAAGGGCCCUCCAGUUUGGCCUAAUCCUUGAUGAUAUAUCUUUGACUCACCUCACAUUUGGUAGAGAGUUUACAGAAGCUGUUGAAUUGAAACAGGUGGCUCAGCAGGAAGCAGAGAGAGCUCGGUACAUUGUGGAAAAGGCAGAACAACAGAAGAAGGCUGCUGUUAUCUCAGCCGAGGGAGACUCCCUAGCUGCAGAAAUGUUGGCUCAAGCGUUCGGCAAAGCUGGGGAAGGUCUGGUGGAGCUGAGGAAGCUUGAAGCUGCAGAAGACAUUGCCUACCAAUUGUCCAAGUCCAGGAAUAUCGUCUACCUGCCUCAGGGGCAACAGACGCUGCUGUCUCUGCCACAGUAG